GUUUUUGAUGAAGCUGAUGCUCCCCUGACUCAGUCAGCCGGCUCAUCCUCUGUUAUCGCCAGUCAGCCGGAGGCACCUAACUGCGUCGUCAUAUCAAUGGCUGACGAAGCUUUAUCCUCAACCUGUCAUCGUCGCGACAGUCAAUCUGAGACCCUAGACUCUGAGAAGCAGGCUCUGGCACCUGAGUUAGUCACAGCGCGUGAAUACGGUGCCUCCUGCGCGACUCAAAAAGCAUUUUAA